AGGAGGGACGCUUCCCCUCCGCACACAUGUUGGUCAGAUGGAUCGCUAAACACUCGGCUCCGACGCAGAGGACUGUCACCAAGCUGUUUUUCAUCCCUGCAUCAUGGAAGCUCAGCCUGGUGCAUCAUGGGAGCUCAUAAACGGUGUGACAGUUACAAUAUAUGAGGACUGAGAGGUCGCCAUGGAGACUGACAGCUAUACCUCAAGCCCAGCUACCACUGACUGGGCUGGGAUGGUGGCCAGCUUGGAGCCGCAAGGAGGGGGGGGCUCGUCCAGCAGCCCGGCAUCCUGGUACAUGCCGUACCCGCUGGGCUUCCAGGUGUCGCUGACCGCCUUCCUCAUGCUGGAGCUGGUACUGGGCUUCAGCAGCAACCUGACAGUGCUGGUGCUCUACUGCUCCCAGUCCAAUCUGGUCGACUCGGUCAGCAACAUGGUGACUGUCAAUCUGCAUGUGUUGGAUGUGGCGGUGUGCGUGCUAUGUCUGCCCUUCACUCUAGUAGUUGUGCUCCUGCCACCUGGACCCAACCUGGCCCUGCUCUGCUGCUUUCAUGAAGCCUGUGUUACCUUCGCCAGCAUCGCCACAGCCAUCAAUGUGCUGGUGAUCAGCUUGGACCGCUAUGACAUUUCAGUACGGCCAGCCAACAGGCUGCUGACGACGCGCAGAGCCGCGAUGCUGCUGGCUGCUGUUUGGGUUACCUCUGUAGCCGUGUUUUUUAUACCAUUCUUGGAGGUGGAGUGGUUCAGCAGAGGAGCGGGAACGGAGAGUGGGCCGGUGACACCGUCGUCUUCCCCCUCCCUCGGCGUCAGUGCCACAGUGGUGCCAGCCUGGCGUAACCGGACACUGCUGUGUGUUGGUGGGCAGGGCUAUCACACAGGCCUGGGCAUGUACUACCAUCUCAUUUUGCAGGUGCCCAUUUUCUUCACCACAGUGGCAGUCAUGCUGUUCACCUACUCCAGAAUACUGAGAGCUUUAAACAUCCGCAUUGGCUCCCACAUUAAGAAGAGCCAGCGCUUCAGGGGCCCUUCCUCCAAAGGACGCCACCAGAGACAAAAGAAGAGGAAGGCGGGGCUUGGCAUGAUAGAGAGUGGGGAGGUGGGGGGGGAGCAGUGUACCACAGAUGGCUCCAAGCAGCUCAGCCACCCUCCCCUCAUCCCCUCCCCUUCUCCCACCCCCACAGCUACCUCCCCCCCAGCCCUGUCCUCCUCUGCCCCGUUGGCCACCUCAGACAUGGCGGCUGCCACCCCCAUGCCAGCUACAAUGGGUGUCCAAGCCUCCGUGUCAGCCAUCAUUGCCCUGCGGCGGGCGGUGCGGCGGCAUCGGGAUCGGCGUGAGCGCCAGCGGCGAGUGUUCAGAAUGUCCCUCAUCAUUAUCUCCACCUUCCUGGGCUGUUGGGCUCCUCUGUCUGUCACCAACGUGUUGAUCCUGGGCAUCGGCCCCAGUGACGCCCUGGUCAGCCUGCGCCUCUGGUUCCUUGCCCUGGCCUAUGGCACCACCGUCUCCCACCCGCUGCUCUAUGCUUUUACGCGUCAGAAGUUGCGCCGGGCUCUCCGGGCCAAGGUGAAGAAGAGGGUGGUAUCCCUGCUCCAAGUGGACCCUUCACCAGGAGGCACCGUCAUACACAACUCCUGGGUGGACAACAGGAAGUCUGCACGGCAGGUACGGUUGGAAGCCAGUGAAGCUACCGACCGCUGCCUGGCAGAAGCCCUGUGAGACUCACUCCUACUGGGCACCUGGGUUACCAUAAUUAAUAACAAGAAAGGAGGCACAGGUGUGUCCUGUUAUGAAAAUCACCAGUGCGUUAAGCUUAUGGAAGGCAUGUAGGAAACAUAUUUCCACUUCUGGGAAAUGCUUUAAUGUAACCACCAGCAGCCCAAGCUAAAUACAGUCAACUUACACCUCAGGCAGAAAUUAAAACAGGAUGCAGUUGUCACCUGUGUGGCAACACGGUCUCUAAAGCUCAUGCAUUCCAGAUUACAGAAAGAAAACAACAACAACAACAAAAUACACAAGUGUAUAUGAUUUGCACUCUGUCAAACACUAAAGUCUGUUUACAUAUGGAGUUGUGUGCAAAGUCUGUGAUGAAGCACUCUCAUAGUGGUGCUUACGUAACUGCUCCAAAGAAUGUGUUUAGCCAGCAGAUGAUCUGAUCUGCCACCCACUCAAAUGCUCCAAGGCAGCUUUCAAGAAAAAAACCACUAAUGUUGACACACUUCAAACACAUAAAUACAGACUCCUCUGGAUGUAUUUCAUAUUAUCUCUGCCUUAAUUCUGCUCUGGAAGAUGGGUUCGGUGCUAUGCUCUGUAUUGUGAACAAAAUGGGAGUAUGCAUCGGAUAUUACAGCAAGGCACAAAGCGUACUGCAUGUAAAAUACGAGUGUAUACUGAGCUGAAAAUGGGCAAAGAAUACAGUAGGAGGAUGGCGCAGAGGGAGAAGUCAGAGGCCAAUUAUUGACUUGUGUAAAAUAUUAAUUGCAGUUUUUGCUUAGCCUAAAUAGUUUCCAUACAGUCACAUAUGUUACCAUGUUAUUAUCAAAUCUCCUGAAGCUCCUUCAUGUAAAUGCACCACUUUUGGUCCUCAAUUUAUAUUAAAUGGUGUUAUUUGAUGAUGUUUAUUUAUAUUUUGUACACAGUGCAGAGAGGUGGUUAGCAGACUGUCCUGACAGUGAAGUACACGUUUACCUUAUAUGACCUCACAUUUUGAAAGAAUUGUAGGCUCACAGGCUGAAAUAGCUCCGUUGCAAUGACACUAUGAGGUUUGAUUUGGGGUUUUUGGCAGUGUAAUUGUGUCCUUUUCAAAUUGAUAAUCAUGUAAAUGCUGUAUAUAAUGACCAGAUAUAAAUUUAUCGAGUGUGAAACCCCAUAGUGCACUGUCACUUGGUCUGUGUGUUGUUCUAUUUGAUCAUAGACUGACGCUUCUAGAUGCGAUAGAGUGUUUCAGUUGUGGCUGCUCGUCUCUGUGUCAGCUGGACAUCUGCUCACAGUCCCAUGGGUCAACUCAACCUUAGUGUCCUAUAAACCUGUCAGCGUCACAGAGCACCGAGAUCACUACAAUUAUCCGUGAGCCUAGUGUUUUCCUUUGACUUUGUUGUUAUACUUUGUUUGCACUUCCAUCGCUGUUAUGCUGUACUCACCCUCAAGCUCAUUUCAGAGGCCAUGUGAUUUUUCACGCACAGAUGUAAUGUGUUCCUGAAUGUAUACACAUGUCCACUGGAAGAUAUAUACAAAUAUAACACACCCAUACAGUCUUUUUAGAGUUUCCCUCCAUGGUGUUGUUCUCAUGUGAAUGUAUCACCAUGCAAUGAUAAAGGAUUAUGACAAUAAAUGAAAUAAAUAAGAUAA